AUGGUGUUAUGCAACGGCUCAAGUCUGAAUAAGAAAGCAACAUUUCGUGUUUAUCUUCAAGAAAUUUUGAGCGGCCCAAAUGCAACUCUAUACGAGGUGGCACGGGCAAACAUUACGUCCACUUCUCCCACAAACUUCGGCCAGUUCCUAGUAGGCGAUGACUUCGUAACUGCUACUCCUGACCCGAACUCGAUGAGAUUGGGCCGAAGCCAAGGCUUUGUUGCGUUUUCAGACCUCGAUGAUAUUGCAAUUGUGCUGACGUACACCUUCAUAUUCACGGAUGGACCAUACCGAGGGAGCUCGCUUACCAUUGCUGGCCGGAAGAUGCCAUUUGUGAAGAAUCAGGAAAUACCGAUCAUCGGGGGCACCGGUGUAUUCCGUUUGGCGCGAGGAUACACCAUUAGCAGCCUCUUCUCCUCCACCCCUAAUACCUUUGUGUUCGUGUAUGACUUCUAUGUUGUUUGA